UCUGUCUCAUUAGCACCACCGCCAUGUAGCUCUCCUGUGGAUGUGGCAUUUAUCAUCGAUUCUUCGGGCAGCAUUGGCAAAAGAAACUACCUGAAACAGAAGAACUUUGUCAAGGAAGUAGCGAAGAGUUUCGGCCUAGCACCAGACCAGAGUCAAGCAGCCAUGGUUCUGUACAGUAACUCAGCUUCAGUACAGGCUCGAUUCGGCCAGUAUGCGACCACGGAGGAGUUCGCCAAAGCUGUGGAUGCUCUACCUUACGAGAGAGGCCAGACACGAAUCGACAGAGCGCUGGAUUUAGCAGCCACUGACAUCUUCCCACAAGCCAGAGCGGGCGUGCCUAAGCUUGCCCUGCUGAUAACUGACGGUACCCAGACCCCAGCAGCCGACGCCAAAGGCUUGAGAGAGGCCUCCGAGCCCUUGCGCAAGGCAGGCGUUCGUGUUCUAGCCGUGGGUAUUGGCAGUGGUGUCGACCGAGAUGAACUAAGAUUGGUAACGGAGACUGACGACGACGUUGUGGUGGCCACUGACUUUCAAGACCUGCUGCUGAAAAUGGCCAACCUGACCAGCAGGGCCUGCGAACUGGCUGCACCACCGCCAUGUAGCUCUCCUGUGGAUGUGGCAUUUAUCAUCGAUUCUUCGGGCAGCAUUGGCAAAAGAAACUACCUGAAACAGAAGAACUUUGUCAAGGAAGUAGCGAAGAGUUUCGGCCUAGCACCAGACCAGAGUCAAGCAGCCAUGGUUCUGUACAGUAACUCAGCUUCAGUACAGGCUCGAUUCGGCCAGUAUGCGACCACGGAGGAGUUCGCCAAAGCUGUGGAUGCUCUACCUUACGAGAGAGGCCAGACACGAAUCGACAGAGCGCUGGAUUUAGCAGCCACUGACAUCUUCCCACAAGCCAGAGCGGGCGUGCCUAAGCUUGCCCUGCUGAUAACUGACGGUACCCAGACCCCAGCAGCCGACGCCAAAGGCUUGAGAGAGGCCUCCGAGCCCUUGCGCAAGGCAGGCGUUCGUGUUCUAGCCGUGGGUAUUGGCAGUGGUGUCGACCGAGAUGAACUAAGAUUGGUAACGGAGACUGACGACGACGUUGUGGUGGCCACUGACUUUCAAGACCUGCUGCUGAAAAUGGCCAACCUGACCAGCAGGGCCUGCGAACUGGCUGCACCACCGCCAUGUAGCUCUCCUGUGGAUGUGGCAUUUAUCAUCGAUUCUUCGGGCAGCAUUGGCAAAAGAAACUACCUGAAACAGAAGAACUUUGUCAAGGAAGUAGCGAAGAGUUUCGGCCUAGCACCAGACCAGAGUCAAGCAGCCAUGGUUCUGUACAGUAACUCAGCUUCAGUACAGGCUCGAUUCGGCCAGUAUGCGACCACGGAGGAGUUCGCCAAAGCUGUGGAUGCUCUACCUUACGAGAGAGGCCAGACACGAAUCGACAGAGCGCUGGAUUUAGCAGCCACUGACAUCUUCCCACAAGCCAGAGCGGGCGUGCCUAAGCUUGCCCUGCUGAUAACUGACGGUACCCAGACCCCAGCAGCCGACGCCAAAGGCUUGAGAGAGGCCUCCGAGCCCUUGCGCAAGGCAGGCGUUCGUGUUCUAGCCGUGGGUAUUGGCAGUGGUGUCGACCGAGAUGAACUAAGAUUGGUAACGGAGACUGACGACGACGUUGUGGUGGCCACUGACUUUCAAGACCUGCUGCUGAAAAUGGCCAACCUGACCAGCAGGGCCUGCGAACUGGCUGCACCACCGCCAUGUAGCUCUCCUGUGGAUGUGGCAUUUAUCAUCGAUUCUUCGGGCAGCAUUGGCAAAAGAAACUACCUGAAACAGAAGAACUUUGUCAAGGAAGUAGCGAAGAGUUUCGGCCUAGCACCAGACCAGAGUCAAGCAGCCAUGGUUCUGUACAGUAACUCAGCUUCAGUACAGGCUCGAUUCGGCCAGUAUGCGACCACGGAGGAGUUCGCCAAAGCUGUGGAUGCUCUACCUUACGAGAGAGGCCAGACACGAAUCGACAGAGCGCUGGAUUUAGCAGCCACUGACAUCUUCCCACAAGCCAGAGCGGGCGUGCCUAAGCUUGCCCUGCUGAUAACUGACGGUACCCAGACCCCAGCAGCCGACGCCAAAGGCUUGAGAGAGGCCUCCGAGCCCUUGCGCAAGGCAGGCGUUCGUGUUCUAGCCGUGGGUAUUGGCAGUGGUGUCGACCGAGAUGAACUAAGAUUGGUAACGGAGACUGACGACGACGUUGUGGUGGCCACUGACUUUCAAGACCUGCUGCUGAAAAUGGCCAACCUGACCAGCAGGGCCUGCGAACUGGCUGCACCACCGCCAUGUAGCUCUCCUGUGGAUGUGGCAUUUAUCAUCGAUUCUUCGGGCAGCAUUGGCAAAAGAAACUACCUGAAACAGAAGAACUUUGUCAAGGAAGUAGCGAAGAGUUUCGGCCUAGCACCAGACCAGAGUCAAGCAGCCAUGGUUCUGUACAGUAACUCAGCUUCAGUACAGGCUCGAUUCGGCCAGUAUGCGACCACGGAGGAGUUCGCCAAAGCUGUGGAUGCUCUACCUUACGAGAGAGGCCAGACACGAAUCGACAGAGCGCUGGAUUUAGCAGCCACUGACAUCUUCCCACAAGCCAGAGCGGGCGUGCCUAAGCUUGCCCUGCUGAUAACUGACGGUACCCAGACCCCAGCAGCCGACGCCAAAGGCUUGAGAGAGGCCUCCGAGCCCUUGCGCAAGGCAGGCGUUCGUGUUCUAGCCGUGGGUAUUGGCAGUGGUGUCGACCGAGAUGAACUAAGAUUGGUAACGGAGACUGACGACGACGUUGUGGUGGCCACUGACUUUCAAGACCUGCUGCUGAAAAUGGCCAACCUGACCAGCAGGGCCUGCGAACUGGCUGCACCACCGCCAUGUAGCUCUCCUGUGGAUGUGGCAUUUAUCAUCGAUUCUUCGGGCAGCAUUGGCAAAAGAAACUACCUGAAACAGAAGAACUUUGUCAAGGAAGUAGCGAAGAGUUUCGGCCUAGCACCAGACCAGAGUCAAGCAGCCAUGGUUCUGUACAGUAACUCAGCUUCAGUACAGGCUCGAUUCGGCCAGUAUGCGACCACGGAGGAGUUCGCCAAAGCUGUGGAUGCUCUACCUUACGAGAGAGGCCAGACACGAAUCGACAGAGCGCUGGAUUUAGCAGCCACUGACAUCUUCCCACAAGCCAGAGCGGGCGUGCCUAAGCUUGCCCUGCUGAUAACUGACGGUACCCAGACCCCAGCAGCCGACGCCAAAGGCUUGAGAGAGGCCUCCGAGCCCUUGCGCAAGGCAGGCGUUCGUGUUCUAGCCGUGGGUAUUGGCAGUGGUGUCGACCGAGAUGAACUAAGAUUGGUAACGGAGACUGACGACGACGUUGUGGUGGCCACUGACUUUCAAGACCUGCUGCUGAAAAUGGCCAACCUGACCAGCAGGGCCUGCGAACUGGCUGCACCACCGCCAUGUAGCUCUCCUGUGGAUGUGGCAUUUAUCAUCGAUUCUUCGGGCAGCAUUGGCAAAAGAAACUACCUGAAACAGAAGAACUUUGUCAAGGAAGUAGCGAAGAGUUUCGGCCUAGCACCAGACCAGAGUCAAGCAGCCAUGGUUCUGUACAGUAACUCAGCUUCAGUACAGGCUCGAUUCGGCCAGUAUGCGACCACGGAGGAGUUCGCCAAAGCUGUGGAUGCUCUACCUUACGAGAGAGGCCAGACACGAAUCGACAGAGCGCUGGAUUUAGCAGCCACUGACAUCUUCCCACAAGCCAGAGCGGGCGUGCCUAAGCUUGCCCUGCUGAUAACUGACGGUACCCAGACCCCAGCAGCCGACGCCAAAGGCUUGAGAGAGGCCUCCGAGCCCUUGCGCAAGGCAGGCGUUCGUGUUCUAGCCGUGGGUAUUGGCAGUGGUGUCGACCGAGAUGAACUAAGAUUGGUAACGGAGACUGACGACGACGUUGUGGUGGCCACUGACUUUCAAGACCUGCUGCUGAAAAUGGCCAACCUGACCAGCAGGGCCUGCGAACUGGCUGCACCACCGCCAUGUAGCUCUCCUGUGGAUGUGGCAUUUAUCAUCGAUUCUUCGGGCAGCAUUGGCAAAAGAAACUACCUGAAACAGAAGAACUUUGUCAAGGAAGUAGCGAAGAGUUUCGGCCUAGCACCAGACCAGAGUCAAGCAGCCAUGGUUCUGUACAGUAACUCAGCUUCAGUACAGGCUCGAUUCGGCCAGUAUGCGACCACGGAGGAGUUCGCCAAAGCUGUGGAUGCUCUACCUUACGAGAGAGGCCAGACACGAAUCGACAGAGCGCUGGAUUUAGCAGCCACUGACAUCUUCCCACAAGCCAGAGCGGGCGUGCCUAAGCUUGCCCUGCUGAUAACUGACGGUACCCAGACCCCAGCAGCCGACGCCAAAGGCUUGAGAGAGGCCUCCGAGCCCUUGCGCAAGGCAGGCGUUCGUGUUCUAGCCGUGGGUAUUGGCAGUGGUGUCGACCGAGAUGAACUAAGAUUGGUAACGGAGACUGACGACGACGUUGUGGUGGCCACUGACUUUCAAGACCUGCUGCUGAAAAUGGCCAACCUGACCAGCAGGGCCUGCGAACUGGCUGCACCACCGCCAUGUAGCUCUCCUGUGGAUGUGGCAUUUAUCAUCGAUUCUUCGGGCAGCAUUGGCAAAAGAAACUACCUGAAACAGAAGAACUUUGUCAAGGAAGUAGCGAAGAGUUUCGGCCUAGCACCAGACCAGAGUCAAGCAGCCAUGGUUCUGUACAGUAACUCAGCUUCAGUACAGGCUCGAUUCGGCCAGUAUGCGACCACGGAGGAGUUCGCCAAAGCUGUGGAUGCUCUACCUUACGAGAGAGGCCAGACACGAAUCGACAGAGCGCUGGAUUUAGCAGCCACUGACAUCUUCCCACAAGCCAGAGCGGGCGUGCCUAAGCUUGCCCUGCUGAUAACUGACGGUACCCAGACCCCAGCAGCCGACGCCAAAGGCUUGAGAGAGGCCUCCGAGCCCUUGCGCAAGGCAGGCGUUCGUGUUCUAGCCGUGGGUAUUGGCAGNGAAGCCAGACAAGCUAGCUAA